GGCAUUGUUCUCUGUCGGGCUGGGCAGAGGCAGGAGGGUCCCGCGGAGGAUGGAGGAAAAACUCCCCAGCGGCAUCAAGCCCUACCUGGACAAGCUCACCUUGGGCGUCACAAGGAUAUUGGAGACUUCCCCAGGAGUUGCUGAAGUGACUUUUGUGGAAAAGGAGCCAGCUGAACGCCACACAAUCGUCUCUUGGGAGCAAAAAAACUCCUGUAUAUUACCUGAGGAUUUAAAGAACUUCUAUCUGAUGACCGAUGGCUUCCAGAUGACCUGGAGUGUGAAGACUGAUGAUACCCCGAUGCCCCUGGGCUCCAUGGUGAUUAACAGCGUCUCGAAACUGUGUCGGCUUGGGGGUUCCUCUAUGUACACUCUACCUAGUGCUCCAACUCUCGCUGACCUGGAAGAUGACACAGAUGAGGAAGGUAAUGGAGACAAACCAGAGAAGCCACACUUUGAUUCUCGUAGUCUUAUCUUUGAAUUAGACCCAUGCAAUGGGAAUGGGAAAGUCUGUCUUGUUUAUAAGCAUGCUGAACCAGUGGUCUCCCCAGACACAGAGAUCUGGUUCCUGGACAGAGCUCUGUAUUGGCAUUUCCUCACCAAAACCUUCACAGCCUACUACCGCCUGCUCAUCACCCACCUGGGUCUCCCACAGUGGCAGUAUGCCUUCACCAGCUAUGGGGUCAGCCCCCAGGCCAAGCAAUGGUUUAACAUGUAUAAACCCAUAACCAUCAAUACAGCCCUCCUGUCUGAAGAAGCUGAUUCCUUUGUGAACAAGCUGGACCCCAAUAAGGUAUUUAAAAGCAAGAACAAAACUCCAGUGCUCAAGAAGAAACAACCUUCCCAGCCACCAGGCUCCCAAAAGAGUCACACAAGCAUGACCUCUGCCAAGACAUCCUCACUAGCUGGGAAUUCUUCAAGGAAGUGAGCCCACUAGACAACAUUUGCAAUAAGCUUUGAUGUUUUUUGCUGCAGAGUCUCUGUGGUUCAGAGCAAGUUCCUUGUGCAUGAAGAGAUGUGCCCAUGGAAAACACAUUGCAGCACUUGCAUGAAAUAUAGCCACAAUGUGGAUGUAGUUCCUGGAGGCUCUUUAAAAAAAUUGAUACAUCAAUUUUAUUCCCUUCUGCUACUUGCAGCAUGUACUUUUCAGAGGGCAUGAAGAAACCUUUGAUGUCACUGCUCCAUAGGUGUUGGGGAAGAUGAAAUAGCAAGGCCCUAUAAAUAUGAGGGCCUGGCAAAAGAAUCAGAGAAUACAGAUAUCGAGAUGAAAACAAGGUUUGAAAUACCAAACCUUCAUUACUGAGCAUCCCGAAAACAAUAAUGCAAUCCCCCCUUUCUGAUAGAUCCUAAGGUCAAAUGGAAUGUCCUGUCUCACCCCCCAAUGUAUAGUUCAUCCCUCACCUGUAACCCUCCCCUGAAGUAUCCGAUGUCUGUAACCCCAUUGGCCCAAGCCCUGUCCCAGCCCACCUUGAAGCCCCCUGAUAAGGUGUGGCCGAGGGACCGGACGCUCUCUCUCUCUUGGACCUUCCUGCUGGGACACCCACCUAGCACCAUCUCUCUCUCCCUCUCUCUCUCCCCCCGCUCUCCCUGGGCCUGCCACGAGUUGCGGCUGGCAACUCUAAGCAGGGCCCUUCAUCCUUUACAAUAAACCCUAUGCUCUAAAGACCGGGCCUCAGAGAUCCUUCGUCACCACCCAUCCAAACCGUCCUGGAGUCCAGCCAUCCCCGCACACAGGGAAGCUUUUGUUCCUGUACAACUGCAGCAGUGAAAUGAAAGUAAAUGUAAUUCACUGUAACUUUGACAGACCAAUGCUGAAGUAGAGGGUGUGAAGAUGUUUCUGCCAUGUCUUUUGAAAGAAAACUGCCCUGAUCUUGCAUGCUGUGGGAGCAGGCUGGAACCCACUGAACACAGAAGUAUCUUUCACUCCAGAUAGAAUCAAACUCUGCACUUCCCUGUGCUUCAUCCAACUUCUGCUCUGACAUUCAUGGUACAAUGGAACUUGUGACUUCCAUGUCUCUGCAUUAGCCUAGCCACUAGCUCUGCAGCCCAGACCACUUUUUGGCCUUUGUGCUGUAUCUUUUCAGAUGGUGAUAUGAUUUGCAAUAAUCCUGAAGUCAGAAGCUGCAAGAUCCUUUGUUACCUCCCUUUGUGGGAACUGCUGAGCAGAGAGUCAAUGGUGUUGAGUCACAUCAGCCAGGAGGACUCCUUGGUUUGUCAUACAUUCAUUUGCAAACCUGACCAUUGAAAUAGACACUUUUCAGUUGGGCAGGAUCUCACCAGGGGCCACUGAGAUCCUACAGCCUUAGAAGCCCCUGAUGCUGUUUUCUAUACUGUAAGUUUUCAGGUUAGAACUGCACUUUAACCCAUUCACUGCUGGUUUUCAGUUACUCCUGUUUAUUUCCAUUACUUUUCUAUGCUAUUCUGUCUUCCAAAUACACUGGAAUCAUGGUAGCACCCAACACAUUUUGUGCCUGAAUAUGAAAAUCAAAAUCACUGUCUUCAAGUAAGCAUUUACUAUUUAAACAGCAUCAUCUCUAAUUUUUGAAAAACCACCACAUAAUUACACAAGACAAACAUACCUCACAGGGAUGUUGUGAGGCUUUCAUGAGUAUUUGUAUGGCCUUCAGAAAAAUGAAGCCAUUCUGUAAGUGCUUAAUAGUAUUUUAAUAAAUAUUUGAAUAUUUUCCUCGAAAGUGAUUGGGUAUUUGAAGAUACUUCGGAGAGCACAUGGACACGGGAUGCAAAGAUAUAUGGCAAGAGCAGUGUUCAGGAUGGAUUGUUUGGGGUGUUUUUUAAUGCGGUAAAGAAUCACUGAGAAGGGAUGGGUUACAGUGCUUUUAGCUUGUCCCUCUUGAGCUACUCAGAAAUUGCUAGUUUAUUUUACACAGGCCAGAAGACUGAACUUUGUGGCAGCUGUUCUACUUCUGGCCUGCAGUCACUGUACAAAGUCUCUGCAGCCAUCAGCCACUGCUCAGGUAUAUUUUGCUGCUUCCAGCACUGCCAAGGGCCCACCUUCAAAUGCCAUUGCUGCAUGGCCUAGCAGCCACUCUCUGCCACCCCCAGAUGACAAGAAAUCCUCUAAUGCACCCUCUCAAGCCCAUGGGCAUCUUGAGAUAGGAGAAGAUCUGUUCUAGCUGCUCUAUUGACAUAAAGUGAGCUCUUAUGAGAAAGCACGCGUCAGUACUUCCUAUGUACUUCCAACCCCAUCCCAUGCCAUAGCAAUACCUCAGCUAUGCUUUUAAUAUUGGGAUAGGAAUGACCAUUAAAGCCAGUAAAUGCCCUUUUCUGGAAUUCUGUGCAGUAGUGAUGUUCUGUCACUUCCUGCUCUUGGAGAACUCUGUGUUGUUUAUCCAUGGCACCCAGCCCUGGGACUGCAGUUAUGUGCUUGACAUACAUUACCACACUUGCUUAAGCACUUUCUAGAAAAGUUCAGACUAUUGUCACCCUCGUGGGAACAGGCAGCUUCUGAUAGUGUUCUGCCUCUAAUCCAAUGACACCUCCAACUUUUAAGACUCUUGCAGGCCCACUUCCUCAUUCAGAUGGAGAUAGCAGAAUUCUUGCAGCAGCAGGGCAACAUCUUACAUUUCUCAUGCAUUCAGAGUAGGAAAAAAGUUUGUGGGGGGCAGUUUGUUCAAGAUUUUGGAGACUCUGUCACAGAAGUUCCCUGACUUCUUUUCUGUGGUGGUAGUUGGUGUAGCUCAAGUCUAGAGUGUCAGUACACACAUGGUUCUUUGCUGCCAGCGUGUUCCAGCAGAACUGUGGCAGGAUUCAGGAGACCCUGUAGUUUAAUUCAGUAAUUUCUUAAUGCUUCCUGAAUGUUCAGAUUAAAAAACAAAAACAAAAAAACAAACAAACAAACAAAAAAAAAAAAAAAAACCAACCCAACAAGUUUAUGUUUCUAUUUUAGACUGUCGUUUUUCUUCUCUCUUCUGUGCUGUUCCAAACUAGGUAUGCGGAUAUGCAAAUGAAGCAAGCCUAGGCCCCUGGUCUAUCACUGUAGUGUCUGUCUCUUACCAAAGAAUAUUCCAGAUCAAAAUUUAUGUGUUAAUUGACUUAAUCAUGUUGUAUCUGCCACUGUUGAUGCCUGUAUUUUGAUUCAUAUGAAUAUAUACGUAUCUGGAGACUUGUA